GUGAAAUCGAGAACGCUACCAUGACGAGUUUCGGAACGCGGGUGACAUCUAGCAACGAAAUUUGGUUUCCGAAAAGUCACUAGACACACUCGGAUGCGUUGCGAAACGUCCCCGAUCGCGUCCGAGAGAGUGAAUUUUUCGUUUCUAGGUAUAUAAUUAUAUCGAUGAUCGAAUAAUCGACAAGUGGCUAUUUACAGCUGGUGAGACGUCGCACGGCUGACGGCUCCGGUUUUCUAACCUCCUCGAAAGAAGUUGGCUUUGUUGUACGCGCGGCACUUCCGCAAGCCGUGUCUAAAAUCGCAGUAUGACGAACGUACACACGGUAAACAGUAUGAUCAGCAACAGGAAUCGCGAUUGCCUCGAAUGCAGACUGCUGAGUGGCGGCGGCCUCGUCGCCGCCGGUCUAUACGUCUGUCAUCACUCCAAACAGUACCAGAAACAAGUAGGAAAGGCAGCUAUGUACUCGGUUGCCUCGGUGCUAGUACUUCUCGGCACAGCUAGGAUCUUGGACUUGCCGCCCUUCCAAGACAAAUUUAAGCGCAGCUGAGAAAUAAUGUACUUAAGCGAGCAUAAAUCCACGGCACAUUUUGUAGCAAUUGCACAUAAAAUGUGAGUCCAAUGUCAAA